GCGAGGGUGUGGGGUCGAGGGUUCACACGGGCCGGUCGAGGCGCGGUCGGGAAAUGCCCGGAUGCCGCUGCGGGCCACGAGGCGCUUGUCCCGUGGGCACAGGGCCCGCCCCUCGUUCCGCGACAGUGCGCUGUGUAGCGGAGGAGGCCGGAGGGAAUCGCCUGCAGGGGCAGCGCUCUAGAGCCCUGAGAGCCAUCGAGUGCCGGCGCGGUCCAUCGUUAGCAGCCUCUACACUUUUCCAAGAGCAGCAGAAAAUGCACGACUCCCAGAAAUGUGUUUGUCAGGUAUCCAUGUCAUUCAAGGAUGUGACUGUGAGCUUCACCCGGGAUGAAUGGCUACAGCUGACAGGUACACAGAGGACCCUGUACCAGGAUGUGAUGCUGGAGAACUACAGCCACCUGGUUUUUGUGGAGGCCCCAGUGUCCCAGCAGCUCCUAAGAAGUCUUACUUCUUACCUCCCUUGGAGGGUAUUGCGUCAUCAAACGAGAGGUGAUCUUCAGGUUGGAGCAAGAAGAGCCUUGGCCACUAGAGGGAGAAUUCCCAGAUCAUCGUGAUCCAGACAGGAGCCAGGAAAACCAAGAUAAGCAUUUGUGGCAAGUUUCACUCAUCAAUAAAAAAACACUAACUAAGAAGAGGGAGAAUGUUUUCAGAAAAACACCCUGUCAAUAUGACUCACAUGGGAUGAGUU